GUAUUUAGUUCUCUCUAGAUAAACCUUUUCACCUAUAACACUCAAAGAAUUUGAUUGUUUUUUCUCCAAACAUGGUGUUGUUCUCUCCUAACCAAGAAGUAUCAACCAAUCCUUCUAAGAGAUGCAAAUUCUUCUCUACAACUCUCAAGGAUGCAUUUGCUAAUUGCCACAUUUUUAAGGAAAGACAUUCUAGUACUCAAAGUUUAGAGGAAGAGGAUGUCAUAGAUGAUUAUGAUGAUGAAGAGGAAGUGUUUGUGUCAAUAGUGAUAAGUAAAUACAUGGAGUCGAAAUGCAGGAAAAAAGCAGAUAUCACAAGUGAAAAGUUCAACUGGACAUUAUCUACAACAGCAGGGGAUUUAUUCAUAUCUGAAAAGCUAAUGCAACAAAAAGAGGACAGUGCAGACGAAGAAGAUAAGGAAGAGAUGGAGGAUUUCUUAUCUGUUGGGACUCGUCUUUCCAGGUGCUCGAGUGCUAUCAGCUACGAGGCAUUUGCUACAGCUAAGACAACGUUUUCCAGGUCUUCAAGCUUGAACAUGAUUGAGUUUCAAGAUAUUCCGAGACGUUCUGUUAUCAAGGAAUUCUCUCACUGUGAAGGAUGGCCAUUUGGUUUAAGCCGUAAAUUGUUGUUGCUUCCUCCUUUGCCAAAAUCUCCAGCUGAUUCUUGGUCAUGGAGAAAGAGUGCUAGAAUGAUCAAUAUACACUAAUUUCUGGCAUUCAGAAGAAUCAGAAGGAAUUUUUUUUCCAGAAAAGAAAGGAUGUUGAUUUUCGUUUUUCAUGUAUUCACUAUGUUUGUUGACAAUGGUUGUAACCAUUUUUAUGCUUAGCAUGCUUCAGAAUCUGUGUUGAAUGG